AGCUACUUGAUACUGGCCUACUACUUCCAGAUGUCCACCUAUGAGUUCGGCAUCUCCUGGUCCAUGCCACUGUGCGUGGUCACUCUGCGACUGACUGGGGUCGUCUUUGACUACUACGAUGGCCAGAAGAAAGAAAUCCCGGCGGAUGCGAAAGAGUCGGCUCUGGUGGAGAGGCCAGGCUAUCUAGAGAUGCUGGGUCACGUGUUUUUCUUUGGCGGGGUCAUGGUGGGACCACAGUUCACCCUGAAACGUUACCUGAGCUUUGUCAAUGGAGAAUUUUCUGACAAGAGGACGGGAGGGCCACCCAACAGCGUGUCGGCUGGCCUGCAGAGACUGAUCCUGGGAGUCGCCUACAUCUUCGUGUUCCAGAUCAUUGCCUUGUACUUGCCAGAUUCUUAUCUGGAAUCUCCAGAAUUUUUUCAACUGGGAUUCCUCUCCAAAUGUGCCUUGAUUUUACUGUGGGGUAAAAAUGCAUUACACAAGUAUGUUGGCGUGUGGCUCGUAACGGAGGGCAGCAUCAUCCUGACGGGCAUGAGCUACAACGGCGUCAACGAGCUGGGCGUGGAGCAGUGGGACGCCUGCAAGAACAUCAGGGUGUGGCACCUGGAGAGCGGCGAGUCGUUUGCCGACUUCAUUCGCUCCUUCAACGUCAACACCAACCAAUGGAUGUCCAGGUACAUCUUCAAGCGGCUGCGGUUUCUGGGCAGCAAGACGUUGUCCCAGCUGGUGACCCUGUUCUACCUGGCGCUGUGGCACGGGCUGCAGUCGGGCUACUACAUGUGCUUCUUCCUUGAGCUCCUGCAGACAAAUGCCGAGACACAGUGGCAGUCGGUGUUCAAGCGGUGCCAGGCGGCGGGCUACCUCCCUGAGGGCGGCCCGCUGUCGUGGGUGGGGCGUGUGGUGAGGAAGCUGGUCCUGGUGUUCCUCUGGUCGUACGCGCUGCUGGGCUUUGUGCUGCACGAGUACAACAGAUGGCUCCCCAUCUACCACUCAGUGUACCACGCAGGAUUUGUCGUGCCGGCUCUGGUGAUGGUGCUGGCCCCGGUCCUCAGGUCUCUUAUUCCCGCCCAGUCGCAGACCAACGGCGUGCACGUGGAGAAAGCCAAAGUGAAGAAGGAGCUGUAACGUGCUGAUCCAACAGCGGAGUGGAGCGCCUUGGGAAGGAGCUUGUUCCCCGGGAGAUCUGAUGACGACUGGCAUGUGUGCGUGUGGCAUGUGUGUGUGUCUCCUGUGUUAAAUGGUACAAGAAAUGAAAUUCCAGCUCUUUGAUGCUGUGCGUGUUCACGUAGUAUAUUUGUGUGAGAUUGUGUGUGUGUGUGUGUCCUUAGUCUAGUUUGAGGAUAUAAAAUCUAGAUUGAAAUUGUGUGGUGCGUGCAUAUGUGUGUCCUGACUUUAAUGCAUGGAUUGAGAUUCGGGGUUCUGACAUAGAAUGUGUGUGAAGUGCCAGAAAUUUACUGUACACCAGGGGUUUUUUUUCACGUUUUGCCCAUUUUGUUAUUUGCAAAUGUUUUGAAUUCAUGAAUGUGUCCCAGGUUUCAAUGCAGAAGCGCCCCUUUUAGCAUUUCGCAAAUUCCUGUAAAAAUCAUGAAAAUUGUGAGUUCAAGUUGCACACAAGAACAGCCCAAAAUACAGUAAGUUCAGGGCUUUUCAAAUGGUGUACAUCUUUCUUGAAAGCCCCAUGGAUGCGGCUCUCAGGGCUUGUAUCUGCUUUAUGUAAGUAAAAGGAUUGUCUCUCAAGAGAUUUUGGGG